AUGGCCCAAGAGACUAGCCCCGCCGAGAAGUCACCCUCGGAUGCCUUCGUCUCCGGAGCCGUGCCCCCUUCACCUCAGCUUCCUGAUACAUCCAAGCAUGAGACCAGUUCUUCGGAAUGCAGCUGGUCAGAGUCAGAAGAAAAGGCUCUCGUUCGGAAUGGAAAUGCUCUGACCGAUAACUUCCUUGGCGAUGUCGGGAUAUCUCAGAAUUGGUUCAACGUUGGCCAGCAACUAUUGAAUGCUGGUAUCGUCCUGCUUGAGGUUAGUUCCCCAGAUCUUUACUUGCCCAUAUUUACUCUGCUAGAGGCCAUGGAGGUCGUGGCAUAG